AUGGAGGCGCCAGAUGUUUGUCCUGCCGGUGACAGCCGAACCACUAGAGAGCUCAUCGUCAAGCUCAUAGUCGCCCACUUGACUGCGGUUGUCGCCUUCUGCAACCUACAAUCAUUACGCAACGAGAGGCUCGACACUAUCGAACCCGUAUUAUUCCUAUUCUCCCCUUUAAUAGUCGUGGUUCAAACAGCUCUGGGUCUAUUCGUCAUCCACGCAUCCUUAAUUAUCAACAUCAUUUCAUCCCCCCACUCUUUCAGCGAGAGCUUCGGAAUCUAUGCGCGCCACUGGAACACUCUUUUUGGGCGGAAGGUACCACUAACACCCGAUAAAUCAUCCGAUGAGUCGCUACAUCGCGCAAGACGGCUUCGGUCAAAGCUUGGAAGAGCUUGGGUGCGACUUGGAAGAACAGCGGCUAUUUUUGGUACACUCUUCCAGUUCUCUUCUUCAAUCUUUCUAUAUAAGCGACGACUGAGCUUUUACGGGUGGGAGUCUCUCACCAUCGUCGACCAUCGCACGUUCGAGCUAGCGGUUGGUGGCGCCGCUGUUUCAAUCAUGUCUCUUGCCUUGCUACUGAAACUACCGGGCUUCGGAAAAGCGCUCGAGACUGAGUACAUUCCAAAACUCGACGCAGAAGCCACGAUCAUCUUCUGCCGAGGAGACCCACGGCGAUGUCCUAGCUGGUAUCAGAUCAUCUACGUAAGCGACUUUGGCUCCACAACCUCAGCAUUAGCAUGGCUCUUCUGCGUCGGCUCGUCGCUUUACAAAGGCAAAUCAAUAUGGCUCGAGUAUGCUGGUGGCAUGUACAAUGAGUUUUACAAAGGAUUUGCGAAGGUGUUGCCCUAUGACAUGUCCAUCACGACCUUUUACACCGUCAUGGGCGGCUUCUUUGUCUUUGCUUGGAUAUUCGCCAAACUAUACACCGGAGCGUCUGGGUUGAGGGACUCAAGGCUUUGGGUUCUCUUACCGGCCACGCUUGUGCUCGGCAGCAUUUUUCUAGCCUUUUUCUGCUUGUGGCUCAUGAUUAUGAUGCCGCUGGUUGCCUUUGGGUUUCCUGCGAUGUUGAGCGGCCCGACAUGUAUUCUAUUGACGAAAGUCUAUGAGACUCGCACGAUGCUUUCUCAGGUACCGUUUAGCCCGACGACGAACGAGCAAGAUUGCUUUAUGCUAUGGAAAGACCCUGCGGCUGAUUAUCUGUGGUCGCUGUUUUGA